UCGACAUGGCGCCGAGCGACGCGCUCGUCGUCGCGCUGCUCGCCGUGCUGAAGCUAGGCUGGGCGUACGUGCCGCUAGAUGUCGCUUUCCCCGCGGCGCGCAUCCGACAUAUUCUCACAGACGCCCGCCCUCGCUGCGUUCUCACGGACGGAGACCCGUCGCCACAGCUGCUGCAAGGCAGCGACGGACUCGACGUCGCCCUGUACGACGUCGGCGAGCUCGAAGCGCGCGAAGCCGACCACGCUGUCGUCGCCGACGUCUCGUCGGACGUCGCCUGCGUGCUGUACACAUCCGGCAGCACGGGGGUACCGAAGGGGGUCGUUCUGCCGCACGCCGCCGUCUUGAAUCGACUCGCCUGGCAGUGGCGUCGCUUUCCGUACGCGCGCGCCGACGACGUCGCCGCCUUCAAGACGUCGCUGACGUUCGUCGAUCACGUGACGGAGCUGUUCGCGCCGCUGCUGGCGGGCGUCUGCGUCGUCGUCGUGCCGCGCGGGACGGCGAGGUAUCCGGAGACGUUGAUCAACCUACUGGAGCUGCGGGCGGUGACGCGGCUCGUGCUCGUACCCGGGGAGGCGCUGCCGUCGUCUCUCGUCGACGCCUUCUUCGCGACGUUCCCCGACGCGACGCUGUGCAACUUCUACGGCAGCACGGAGGUGAUGGGCGACGUGACCUACGCGUCGUUCGCGUCGGCCGCCGACGCUGUCGCGCAGCGACGCGGCAGCGACAGCGCCCCGAUCGGCCGACCAGUCGACAACACUGUUAUCUACGUGCUCGACGCCGACGGAAAUCCCGUCGUCGGCGACGGCGAGACGGGCGAGAUGUACGUCUCGGGGCGCAAUCUGGCGGCCGGGUACGUCGGCGCGUCGUCGUCGGCGACGGAGUCGCGAUUUAGCGAGAACCGACGCAGCGGUGGCGACGCGCGAUUCGGUCGGCUGUUCCGCACAGGCGACUUCGCGAGAGUCGUCGGCGGCGCUCUGCAUUUCGUCGGUCGUCGCGACGCUCAGAUUAAGGUCACCGGCCGACGGGUCGAUCUGCGCGAGAUCGAGGCUGCCGCCGAGCGGCUGCCGACCGUCGGCAAGGCGGUGGCGCUGUGCCGCAACGUCGGCGAGCCGAAUCAGAUGGUGGCGCUGUACUACGCGGGCGCGCCGACGGAGAGCGACGUCCGAGCGCACAUGCUGUCGUGUCUCCCUGCAUACAUGCUUCCCAUCCCUGUGCGCAUCCCCGCAUUCCCUCUACUGCCCAACGCGAAAGUCGACCGACAGACCCUUCUCCAGAUUCACCCGACGCGCCGACGGAGCGACGAUCGCCAGGGGGAGCCGGCGGCGCCGACCGACGCCGAGGCGGCGUUGAUCGACGCCGUGUCGUCGGUGCUCGGCAUUCCGCCGUCGGCUGUCGAUUUACGUCUGGGUUUUGUCGACGUCGGUGGCGACUCUGCGAACACGAUACAGACAGUGCUGCGACUGAACGAGAGCGGUUACUCCGUCAACGUGUCGCAAUUCGUCGACGCGCCUUCGCUCGGCGACGUCGCGGCGACGAUGACGCGUGGCGACGCAGCGCCGACGCGAUUGACGCUCCCCGUCGGCCUGCGCGACCGCUACUCCGUCGUCCCGCUAAGCGAACUCGCCGACCCCCGCGAGCUCAUCAAUAUCUUCGCCGACACGUUUGCGAUGAACGAGAUACUGACGUCGGCUGCGGGCGUGACGUCGGCGCAGUUCUACGACUUUAUCAACAGCUUCUGGCGACGCUGCUUCGACGGCGGGCUCUCGUUCGGCGUCGUCGACCGGCGGCGCCAUCUCGUGGCCGGCGUCGUAAACUUCGUGCUCGGCGACGAGCCGGAAAUGUACCUGCCGCCGACGUUCGGAAUCGUCGUCGAUGUGCUGUCGACGGCCGAGCGUCCGGCGAAGCGGAAGCUGAGGGAGAUGAAGAUGAAGCCCUAUGAUGGAGAGGGAGGAGGUGGCGGAGUAAGGGAUGGUGAUGAAAAAGCAAGAGGAGGCGGAGGAGGGGAUGAGCAUGAAAAAGGAGGAAGUGGAGGAGAUGAUGAUGAGAAAACAGGAGAAGGAGAAGGGGGAGAAGGAGGAGCAGGAGGAGAUGGUGAUGCGGAUACAAUAGCAGCAGUGGUUGUAGGAGGAGAUCAUGAUAAGAAAGAAGGUGAAGGAGGUGUUAACGAAGGAAAAGGAGUAGAUGGACAAAGAGGAGGAGUAGCGGGAGAAGGAGGUAAUUAUGAGGAGAGGUGUGAGGGAGGAGAUAAGAAUGAAGAGAAUGAAGGAAAAGAAAAAGGAGGCCAACGAGAAGUAGAAAAAAUGGAAGGAGAAGGAGAAAAGGGAGAAGUAGAAGUAGGACAAAAAGAAGAAGGAGGAGAAGGACCAGGAGAACGACGACAAGAAGAAAUAUGGGAAGACGGCAGAGGAGGAGGAAGAGGAAAGCUGCUCUAUAACUUCAUGCUGGGUACGGACGUGGCGACGCCCUUUCAGGAGAACGUCGGCUUGAGCUUUCUUAUGGAGGAGGAGAAUCUUGCGCUGGCACGGCGGCUCGGUUUCGCUGGCUGCUUCACGACCAACACACACGACGUCACACGCGACAUAUGCGGCAUGUACGGCUACGAAACACUGAACGUCUACCGCUUCAAGGAGCACGAGUUCAAUGGUGCGAGACCGUACUGCCAUCUACCGGACGAUGCGCACAUCACCGUCAUGGUGAAAUUAUUCUAAGCGGAAUGAGCGGCGCUUCCUGAACAGAACUCCGUCAUUCUUCGUUAUUCGCUCAUGGCUUCCACACGCAAGAAACGUGAAUUGCGCGUGAUAGAACAUUUGAAUGUCCCUGAACCUUUAUAUAUGUAUAUAC